AGGUCGGGCGAGGAGCCGGAGCCGGAGAGCGAGGCCCUCUGACCCGGCUUCGAGGCCAUGUGCAUUCCGUGCCAGCCCGCUCCUAAUAAAGCGAUGGGGCCGGGAAGCUGCCUCCCGUUUCUUCACGCCCUAUAAAUAUUCAGCCGGCCCCGAAGACCAGCUCGGGUGGCUUGUGGGCUGCCUGACGCCGGCUCAGAAAAGCCGCCGCCGCCUCCUCCUCCUCUGCCUCCACCACCACCGCGGGAAAAGCCUGAGGCAGCGCAGCCCGUCCGAGAUGCCCCGAGUAGAUGCAGAUCUCAAACUGGACUUUAAAGAUGUCUUGCUCAGACCUAAGCGGAGCAGCCUCCGAAGCAGAGCAGAGGUAGAUCUUACACGUACCUUCUUCUUCCGUAACUCCAAGCAAACCUAUACAGGUAUCCCCAUUAUCGUAGCAAAUAUGGACACUGUUGGUACUUUUGAAAUGGCACAAGUUAUGGCUAAAUACACCAUGUUUACUGCAAUACAGAAGCAUUACACUCUAGAACAGUGGAAGCUGUUUGCAAGUGAUCACCCAGAAUGCAUAGAGCAUGUAGCGGUGAGCUCAGGCAGUGGGCUAACUGAUUUCGAGAAGCUGAUAAGUAUCGUUGAGGCCAUCCCCCUUAUCAAGUACAUUUGCCUGGAUGUGGCCAAUGGUUACUCAGAACACUUUGUGGAAUUUGUGAAAGCUGUUCAUGUCCGGUUCCCAAAGCACACCCUCAUGGCAGGCAACGUAGUAACAGGAGAGAUGGUGGAAGAACUUCUUCUAUCUGGUGCAGAUAUUAUUAAAGUAGGAAUUGGACCAGGUUCUGUGUGCACUACUCGGAUAAAAACUGGGGUUGGCUAUCCUCAACUCAGCGCAGUAAUUGAAUGUGCAGAUUCCGCUCACGGACUGCAAGGACAUAUCAUUUCUGAUGGAGGAUGCAGCUGCCCAGGAGACGUGGCCAAAGCUUUUGGAGCUGGUGCUGAUUUUGUGAUGCUGGGGGGCAUGUUUGCAGGACAUGAUCAAUGUGCUGGAGAUAUUAUAGAAAAAAAUGGCAAAAAAGUGAAGCUUUUCUAUGGCAUGAGCUCUGACACCGCUAUGAAGAAGCACGUAGGUGGUGUUGCCGACUACAGAGCUUCGGAGGGUAAAACAGUGGAAGUCCCCUACAGAGGAGAUGUAGAAAAUACUGUUCGUGACAUCCUGGGUGGUCUCCGUUCUGCUUGCACGUAUGUGGGAGCUGCCAAACUCAAAGAGCUUAGUCGAAGGACAACCUUUAUUCGGUUUCAACUGCUCUUGCAAUGGGUGAUGAAAGUCAGAAGAAUGGGAAAGCAACUCCAAAGCCCAGAAAACCCUCACUGCAUGGAUACUGCUCCAGCAUGUCAUCUUGGAAUAGCACUUACAGAAUAAAACAAAUAAUCCUGUUUUAUUUUCACAGAGGCAUCAAGUGCUCAAUUUUUAACGUGUGCUGAUUAUUAUAAUAACCAUCAUAAGUUCUUAAAAUGGUUGAUUAAAUAGUUACACUCCCU